AUGGAGACAGAGGUCUCGGACCAGGAACAAAGCUCCCAAGAGCUGGAUUUAGAAGCAAUAACCAGGAAAUUUUCAUCGCUUGACAAAUGGAGGGAAAUCUUUAGUUAUCACAGGUUGGGAGCCAGGAAUACAGCUCCUCAGCACCACGAAGGCAGCCAUGUAUGUGCUGACGAAGCAGAAGACGGAACAAGAAUACCUCAGCCCAGAGGACAAGGACACGUGUCAUCAAACCGCCUUUGUUCUAUUCCCAAGCCCUCUAUCAUCUCUUCAAAAUUGGGCGCCUUUCCUAUCUCCCCGGCAAUGGCCACGAAGCUGUGCCAGAGCCUCUUUGGAAACCCUGUCCAUGUCUUCAGUGCUGAUUGGAAAAAGGCCUGUUUCCGUUUCCGCGAACCUUUUUCUGACCUGGCUUUUGCUUUGGAAGUGGGAAAGGGAGGUGCCCGGGGUGUCCAGAUGGCUGUACAAGUCUCCCUGAUCAAAUACUUGCUGUUUACCAGGAAGGGGAAGGGCUGUGACAUUCACAGCUUACAGGAAAUGAGCAGGCAUGAACAGGAGCAAGCCAUGGCCAAGACAUUAGCUGGCAUCCUUUGGGCUGCAGGCGCCGCUCAGAAGGCCACCAUCUGUCUUGUGACUGAGGAUACUUAUGUUGCCUCCACUCCUGACUAUGCCAGGGAUGAUUUCACAGAGCGGCUCCAGCUGUUUGAAUUUACAGAGAAAGAAGUCACGGAGAAAUUCAUCUAUGAUCAUUUACAAUGUUUCCAAGGGGCAGGUAGCCGUGGAGUCAUCGUGUUUCUUUACAGCCUGCUCUUCUCCAGGACGUUUGAAAGGCUCCAGGAGGACCUGGACAUCUCCACCACUCAUCUGCUACAGCCCACUGCUGGAGGAUUCCUCUGCAGGCAGGCACUCCUGAACUUGAUUCUCACUGGAAGGGCAAGUCCAAAUGUCUUCAACGGCUGCCAGCAAGGAGGGUCUCCAGAAGGCUUACAUGGAGUCCUGGCCCGUGCUGAGGUUGGCUAUUUGCAGUGGGGCAAGGACGUCUCAGAGGGGGGCAGGCUCUCCCAGGUGGGCAGCAUGCUGAAGACUCCCAAAUUACCUAUUUGGCUGUGCAACAUCAAUGGAAAUUAUAGCGUCCUUUUUAGCACCAACAGGCAGCUCUUAUCAGACUGGAAAAUGGAAAGGCUCUUUGAUCUGUACUUUUACCGCAGCCAGCCCUCCCAGAGCCAGCCUGUGCGUCUGACAGUAGAUACCCACUCCCAUCACUGGGAAGAGGACCAGCAUGGCACAGAAUGGCGCUUUUCCCCAGUGGAGAUGACAAUCAGAACCAAGUGGAGAGAGGCCACCGUCCACUGGAAUGGCUCUGUCCCCUUUUUCUAG